CACCCGCCCUCUCCCCCUGCUGGCCGAGCGCGCCGCGGGCGGGCGCUGGGGCCCGGAGCUGCCCACAGCCCACCCCCCACCGCCCACCCGGCGCCCCGGUUUCUUCUGCCGGCCACUCUCCCCCGCAACUUUCCGUGCUUUGUUCUACGGCUGGAAAUGAUUUACGGAAGCGUCUUGGAUAGGGUCUCCGCCAGGCGGCAAGAGCCCAGCGCUGAGAUGUGUGACGUUCUCAUCUACCCAUCAAUUAUGGAUGGAAACAAAUAAGGAAGAGUCAAUUUUGCAUGAGCCCCUUCUCCGGCAGCGAGAGGCGUCCUGCAGCCGGGAGGGAGCCGCCGCUCGCGUCGGCAGGGGGAUGGUGAGGAGGAAGGUAGGGAAACUUUUAUUUCCCGUCUUGACAGCGAUGAUGUUUGUUCCUAGUCUGCAGAAACUGAUACAGCAGCCGCCUUGGGUAAUUUCGAAGGGCUUAAAGCUUGCUCUGUCGUGUGUAAGUGUUGGAUUGAAAUAAAAGGUCAUAAAAGACUUGGUGUGGAUGAGAACUGGGUUUUAAGAAUUUCUUCUACUAAAUCGACUCUCAGGACCACCUCUGUCAGGUGAUUGUUUAAAUACCGAACUUGUAAAGAGCUGAAUGUCAUGGAACUAGAGGAAAAUGAAGUAGCAGUAUUAAUUAAGGCAUUAAAGGAGCUGAGGGUAGUACUCUGUUUCUGAGGUGACCAGUCAGCAACCCCAGUUGCCCUCACCAGUCUCAGGCGGGUGACUUUCACAGAAGGGACAGUAGAUCGUUAUUAUAGAUAUAUAGACUUUGUAAACAGUAAUUGGACCUCAUGCCCACCACUAUGGACGGCUGCUUUCUCUUUAAAAUAACGGUAGUGUUUCCAGUUACUUGGGAAAAGAAAGGUCUGGGGUAAUUUUCCUAAGAACUUCUGGGUACUAAGAAUCUUAAGUCUGCAGUAAAAAAGUCUAGGUUCUUUUUUAAGGACUGUCCUUCCCUCUGCUUGUCCUUUGGAGUAGUAAAGUGGAUUAUUGUGUUUAUUUCAAGGCUAAAGUCCUAGGGAAAGGUUUAAUACUUUUUUUUCUAAACUGUUUUCGUCUCUGUUCCUCGGAAUAGGAGAAAUACUUGUUUGGAGAAAUUUUUCCAGGUUUCUUCCUUAUAGAACUGAGAAAAACCUCAGACAGUUCAAGGUAGCUAAGUGGGAUUUCUGAGGAGGGGCUGCUCUGACUUCACCUUGGCCCACCAUGAGGUGCUUCUUGCUCUGUGCCUACAUGCUGCUCCUGAUGAUUUCCCAGCUGAGGGCAGUCAGCUUUCCCGAAGAUGAUGAACCCCUUAAUACAGUCGACUAUCACUAUUCAAGGCAAUAUCCGGUUUUUAGAGGACGCCCUUCGGGCAAUGAAUCCCAGCACAGGCUGGACUUUCAGCUGAUGUUGAAAAUUCGAGACACACUUUAUAUUGCUGGCAGGGAUCAAGUUUAUACGGUAAACUUAAAUGAAAUCCCCAAAACAGAAGUCAUACCAAACAAGAAACUGACGUGGCGGUCAAGACAACAGGACCGAGAAAACUGUGCCAUGAAAGGCAAACAUAAAGAUGAAUGCCACAACUUUAUUAAGGUAUUUGUCCCAAGAAACGACGAGAUGGUUUUUGUAUGUGGUACCAAUGCAUUCAAUCCCAUGUGUAGAUACUAUAGGUUGAAUACCUUAGAGUAUGACGGGGAGGAAAUUAGUGGCCUGGCAAGAUGCCCAUUUGAUGCCAGACAAACCAAUGUUGCCCUUUUUGCUGAUGGGAAGCUAUAUUCUGCCACAGUGGCUGACUUCUUGGCCAGUGAUGCUGUUAUUUAUCGAAGCAUGGGGGAUGGAUCUGCCCUUCGCACAAUAAAAUAUGAUUCCAAAUGGAUAAAAGAGCCACAUUUUCUUCAUGCCAUAGAAUAUGGAAACUAUGUGUAUUUCUUCUUUCGAGAAAUUGCUGUGGAACAUAAUAAUUUAGGCAAGGCUGUCUAUUCCCGUGUGGCCCGCAUAUGUAAAAAUGACAUGGGUGGCUCCCAGAGGGUCCUGGAGAAACACUGGACUUCAUUUCUGAAGGCUCGGCUUAACUGUUCUGUCCCCGGAGAUUCGUUUUUCUACUUUGAUGUCCUGCAGUCUAUCACAGACAUAAUACAAAUCAAUGGCAUCCCCACUGUGGUCGGGGUGUUUACCACACAGCUCAACAGCAUUCCUGGUUCUGCAGUGUGUGCAUUUAGCAUGGAUGACAUUGAAAAAGUAUUCAAAGGACGGUUUAAAGAACAGAAAACCCCAGAUUCUGUUUGGACAGCAGUCCCUGAAGACAAAGUACCAAAGCCAAGGCCUGGCUGUUGUGCAAAGCAUGGCCUUGCUGAAGCCUAUAAAACCUCCAUCGAUUUCCCUGAUGAAACCCUGUCGUUCAUCAAAUCCCACCCGCUAAUGGACUCUGCCGUCCCACCCAUCGCCGAUGAGCCCUGGUUCACAAAGACUCGGAUCAGGUACAGACUGACGGCCAUCGCUGUUGACCAUUCUGCUGGGCCCCACCGGAACUAUACAGUCAUCUUUGUUGGCUCUGAAGCUGGCGUGGUGCUUAAAGUUUUGGCAAAGACCAGUCCUUUCUCUUUGAAUGACAGCGUAUUACUGGAAGAGAUUGAAGCGUACAACCACGCAAAGUGUAAUGCUGAGAAUGAGGAGGACAGAAAGGUCAUCUCAUUACAGUUGGAUAAAGAUCAUCACGCUGUGUAUGUGGCAUUCUCUAGCUGCGUUAUUCGCCUCCCCCUCAGUCGCUGUGAGCGUUACGGAUCCUGUAAAAAGUCUUGUAUUGCAUCUCGGGACCCAUACUGUGGCUGGUUAAGCCAGGGGGCUUGUGGCAGAGUGACCCCAGGGAUGCUGCUGUUAACCGAAGACUUCUUUGCUUUCCAUAACCACAGUGCUGGAGGAUAUGAACAAGACACAGAAUACGGCAACACGGCCCACCUAGGGGACUGCCACGAAAUUUUGCCUACUUCAACUACACCAGAUUACAAAAUAUUUGGCGGUCCAACAUCUGACAUGGAGGUAUCUUCAUCAUCUGUUACCACAAUGGCAAGUAUCCCAGAAAUUACACCUAAAGUGAUUGAUACCUGGAGACCUAAACUGACGAGCUCCCGGAAAUUUGUAGUUCAAGAUGACCCAAACACUUCUGAUUUUACUGAUCCUUUAUCAGGUAUCCCAAAGGGUGUACGAUGGGAAGUCCAGUCUGGAGAGUCCAACCAGAUGGUCCACAUGAAUGUCCUAAUCACCUGUGUCUUUGCCGCUUUUGUUUUGGGUGCGUUCAUUGCAGGGGUGGCAGUAUACUGCUAUCGCGACAUGUUCGUUCGGAAAAACAGAAAGAUUCAUAAAGAUGCAGAAUCUGCCCAGUCGUGCACAGACUCCAGUGGAAGCUUUGCCAAGCUGAAUGGUCUCUUUGACAGCCCAGUCAAGGAAUAUCAACAGAAUAUUGAUUCUCCCAAAUUGUAUAGUAACCUGUUGACCAGUCGGAAAGAGCUGCCACCCAGUGGAGAUACCAAAUCCAUGGUAAUGGACCAUCGGGGCCAACCUCCCGAACUGGCUGCUCUCCCCACACCUGAGUCUACACCUGUGCUUCACCAGAAGACCCUGCAGGCCAUGAAGAGCCACUCAGACAAGGCCCACGGCCAUGGGGCUUCAAGGAAAGAAACCCCCCAGUUUUUUCCUUCUAGUCCACCACCCCAUUCCCCAUUAAGUCAUGGGCAUAUCCCCAGUGCCAUUGUUCUUCCUAAUGCCACUCAUGACUACAACACGUCUUUCUCAAACUCCAAUGCACACAAAGCUGAAAAGAAGCUUCAGAACAUUGACCACCCGCUUACAAAGUCAUCCAGCAAAAGAGAUCACCGGCGUUCUGUGGAUUCCAGAAAUACCCUCAAUGAUCUCCUGAAGCAUCUAAAUGACCCAAAUAGCAACCCCAAAGCCAUCAUGGGAGACAUCCAGAUGGCCCACCAGACCCUAAUGCUGGAUCCUGUGGGACCUAUGUCUGAGGUCCCACCCAAGGUCCCUAACCGGGAAGCAUCGCUGUACUCUCCUCCUUCAACUCUCCCCAGAAACAGCCCAACCAAGCGAGUGGACGUCCCCACCACUCCUGGAGUCCCAAUGACUUCUCUGGAAAGACAAAGGGGUUAUCACAAAAAUUCCUCCCAGAGGCACUCUAUAUCUGCUAUGCCUAAAAACUUAAACUCACCAAAUGGUGUUUUGUUAUCUAGACAGCCGAGUAUGAACCGUGGAGGGUACCUGCCCACCUCCACAGGGGCAAAGGUGGACUAUAUUCAGGGAACACCAGUGAGUGUUCAUCUGCAGCCUUCCCUCUCCAGACAGAGCAGCUAUACCAGUAAUGGCACCCUUCCUAGGACGGGACUAAAGAGGACACCGUCCUUAAAACCUGAUGUGCCACCAAAGCCUUCCUUUGUUCCUCAAACCACGUCUGUCAGACCACUGAACAAAUACACUUACUAGGCCUCAAGUGUGUGCUAUUCUCCGUGUGGCUUUAUCCUGUCCAUGUUGUUGAGAGGAUGAUGUUGUAAGGGUACCUUAAGACAAGAGACUCCCUUGUAUUUUAAGAGAACCAAGUGGCCAAAGAAACUCUUUCUAACUUUGGCAACAUCAGAACUUGCCACAUGUAGCUACUACAGCAAAGCUUCUGUGUACUUGCCUGAAAACAAAGGAAGGUGCUGGUCAUUCCAUUUCUUUUGUUUGAAGCUAAAGAGAUGUGUAGCACCCAGGGAGCUACCUUACCAGUAUAGG